AUGGAUUUUGUGGUAGGAUUUCUAAGAGAGACUGUAAGAUUGCAUGGUGUCCCCGUAUCUAUUGUGUCUGAUAGAGAUUCGAGAUUUAUGUCAAAGUUUCGGAAGAGCUUACAAGGAGCUAUAGGAACGAAAUUGCAUUUUUGUACGGCAUAUCACCAUCAAUCUGAUGGUCAGUCUGAAAGGACCAUUCAAACUUUGAAAGGUAUGCUAAGGGCCUGUGUUCUAGAUCUAGAAAGCAGUUGGGAAUCGUAUCCACCUUCGGACAAAAUCAGAGAAAAGAGAAUUUUGGGACCAGAUAACAUUGAAAAGACAGUGAAAACCAUUGAUAAGAUCGGUACCAGGAUAAAGGUAGCACAACAUAGACAAAAGAACUAUGCAGAUACCAGAAGAAAAGACUUCGAAUUUGAGAUUGGAGAGAAAGUUUUUUUAGAAGUAGCACCAAUAAAGGGUGUACUUAGGAAACAGUUAUUCAUAAUAAACUUUGUACAAGAAAAGGUUUCAAAAGUCAAGAAAGAAAAAUAUAAGAGAGGAGCAAAUUUCUUAAGCUUCGGGUGCCAUCGAGAAACAACUUCCACCGACCAAUUCGUUUCAAUAAGUAAUUGGAAUUUGCUGAAAAACCAUUUACGUGCAAUGAUAUGA